GAUCACUUAUGCAGCACAUUUUGCUUCUUAUUGGUUGAAGGACAGAAGUGGCUCAGAUGACACGGGUGAGGCUCCGCAGAUAAAAAAGAAGGCGAGGCGGAAGGAGCCAGCGUAGAACGGAGGACAGAGAGACGUUAAAAGUAUCUGUCCAGCUUCUGAGGAACCUGCGGAAGUAUGGAGUGGUUCGUCCUGGUGUUGAUGCUGAGCCUACCGCCCUGCAUCCACACAGAGUGCUCCUCACAGUGCCAGAGAUGUGCCGAACAAAUGCUGCGCCCUGACGCCGCCUUCAGCAGUCUGCCUUGCAGCGCGGAGUGUGAUGAGGAGGAGAUGGAGAGCUGCGCUCUGGCUCCACGGCUCGCCGACUUCACCGAGGAUCAGGCGGCGGAGGCGGAGGAGAGUCAGCAGGCAGAGCUGGUCAAGCGCUACGGCGGGUUUAUCAAACGCAUCGACAAGAACAAAGUGUUCACCUUCUCCCCGUGGCGCGAAAACUCCGUCCUAAAGACCGUGGCCCUUCCCGGGAACUACGAGGAGCUCCUAAAGCGGCUGGAGGUGAGAGGCGCGCCGGCGGCGGAGGAGCCCAUCCCACACAGUUACGAUAAGCGCUACGGAGGCUUUUUACGCAAAUUCGGCCCAAAGUCAAAGAGGAGAAGUUCCGCGGAGGAUGACAGUCAAGAGCCGGAGGAGCUCCAGAAGCGCUACGGGGGCUUCAUGCGGAGGGUCCGGCCGAAGCUUAAUAACCUGAAAUGGGACAAACGUUACGGAGGCUACCUGCGGCGCCACUUCAAGUUCUCCGUCCGCUCCGCGGAGGAGCCCUACUCCUCCUCUGCGGAGUUUAGCUUAUAGGAAACAACUCACACCGAUUCAAUGUAAAAACCUGUCCCUGCCCUUCCUGCUCAUUCCCGGCUUUUCACACGCCAGAGUCUGCCAGUACAUAAAAGAUGCCUAUUUAUGACCGUCCCGUUUAGAGCUCAAACCUUCACAGCGCACAAUUCGGACAGCUUUCCCACUUUUGGAAGUUUGGAGACAUUUUCUCGCCGAGGUGAGAAUAAGAAUAUGAUCAGAAAUUCGAUAACAAAGAGCUGAACAACCAGUUUGAAUAGAAAAGAAAGAAGUGACCACCCAAACGGAUCAUUUAUUCAAUUCUCUUUGCGCAAUAAAACAACUGUUCCGAAAUGUAUUUGAAACCAAAUGUUAGGAUUUUCUCUUGUAUCUUAAUCCAAUCAAUUUAACUGCAGUUUGUGUUUUUGUAAGUAAUUUUAAAAUAAAAAUGUCGACCUGACAACUGAAAAUAUUGACAAAUCUGCUAUGACAGCUUGGAUCUGUAAUGUAGAAGAAGAAAAUUAAAAAACACGUCAGAGUCUGAGGGUGUUAGGUAUCUGUCAUUUUUUGCCUUGAAAAACACUGCUCUCCAAAAUAUGUCACAUAAUAAAGGGAAAAUGCUUUUGUUCAAUAAGCAUAGUUCUUGCGCCACCUUGUGGGAAAAUAGCGUAUCGUUUGCUCCAUUUUGGAGCAGUUUAUUUCACAUGAGAUGGAUAAAAUUGAAAACUGAACUGUUUCAACACCUGUAACCGUUUGUUUGCCAAAAUGCUUUGAAAUAUGCUCAAGACUUCCAGCUGACAAAACGUUGUAAAAAGAAAUAAAUGAACAGAAGACUAAAAAAA